AUGAAUGAAAAUGUAGACUACAUUUUGGGGACUAAACGACUGUGCGACGGUGUUGGGGGCGAUGAGUGCGUCGUUGCUCUCCUUGGUCGUAGUGAUGGAAAGAUAACUAGGAUUUCAGAUGUUGAAGCCACCCCGCGAGCCGAGGGCAUGACGGAAACCACACACGUCCCUAAACUUUCCCCUUUAGAAGAAGUUAAGUUUCCGUCAUUUAACACCCGAUGCACACCCAAGGACCUCAUCCGUGCUAUGAGUGAAUUCAAUGUACAACAAAGACAGGCCGUAUCCGACAUGGGAAUGGGCGGUAUUUUGUGUUUGGAAGUUAAUGAGAUCCCAUUGCGACUAGGGUGUUGGUUGGUUAGUGUGUUCAACCCUAACAAGCUCACACUAAAUGUCCAGCGCGAGAUAGCUCUACCAAUUACAAGAGAAGAUGUUAGUGCUGUUCUGGGGCUCCCAUUAGGGUCAACAGAGGUAGUGUGUCGGCCUAGUCAAAAAGUGGGGCCAGAGUUGAGGGAAUGGCGGGCCAAAAUUGGAAAGCGAGACAGCACAAUAACCUUGAAGAAGCUAGAAGAAGUGGACAAGAUACGGGACUUAGACUGGUGUGGGUACUUGCUUAAACGGUUAGUCAAAACUCACCAUGAUUGGGCAGAAGACAAGAUGCAACGUUUUACGGGGCCACUCUUAUUCCUAUUGUUGUUCUACAUAGACAGAGUAGCGUUGGGCCCUCGGGUAAUUCCUAGGAGUGUUCCUGCCUUAAUUGGAUGGACUGGAAAGCUUUUGAAGGAGCGUGAGUCUGCUGAGAUUCGAGCGGGUGGAUUUGGGAUUGGUUGUGUGCUUGAACCGUUGCGGGAUGUGAUUGAAAUAGAAGAGCACGAGGCUUUGGGCGGCAGUACAAAACAGGGGUUUUCCGAGCUUUUAAAGGCCAAAUCAAAACUCAUAGUUUCCACUGUGGAAGAAUUGAUCGCGAUGGCGAAGGAAGCCCCAGAUGGGACGUUCGAAAACCCACACUUUAAAGAGGCGCUUGAUGCUACCGAGAAGUUGUUCGGCAUGAGACGAAGCCAACAACCACUGACUAUACAGACCGGCACACAAGACGAUGAAGCAUUCUGGGUGGAGACUAUCGCUGUAGCUGAUGAGAUUGAGGUUGGAUACAAGACAACUGAGGAGGGGUUUGAACCACCUAGCUUUAGUUUAGGCUUGACACAAGAGUUUGGGGGGCCACAGUUGGGUGUCUUAAUCCAGAAUCCACCAGAAUGCACAGGGGGUGAGAAUGCUGGCAGUUUAGAUAUAUCAUCUAGUGGGGGUGAAUUGGGUGGUGUGGUCGGCGAUGCACGUGGUGACAAUAAAAUCGAGGGAAAACACACCAACAGCGAUGCAUUACCUAUUUGUAUUGGUGGAUCGGCACCGAGGGCGCCUUUCAAGGAAUUGCGUUGUGAUGCAAGGUCAGGUGCUGAGUCUUUGGGGGGUUUGAACUUAUUGAAUAGGUAUCCUAGGGGACAGACGGCGGUUGCUGCAAUUCCCGAUCCCGACCGGUUCUCUCUGUGGCAAUGGUUCUUUCACCAUCAAGACCGAAACUACACCGAGGAGGUUUUUUCGUAUAACGGGAGGCAUGUGCAGUUGAAAGACUUCAUGUCUUUACAAUUCGACAAUGCAGUACGCAUGCCAGUGGUGGACUGUUGGACGUGUGUUUUGAAUGAGUUGGAGAAGGGUAGAAAGCCGGACGCCCCUAGUAGAGUGUUUGUUACGAUAUACACUUUGUUGAGCAGUGUUAUUUUCGCCACGGGUGACUAG